AUGACCUCCUCCAACUCACUUGCGGGUGGCACUGGCGACCCGGCAGAGGCAGUAACGCGUCUUCAAGAGGUCCUGCGGGACAUCUGUGCGACGGAGCGACGACAGGAGAAGACGUGGCUGAACGUGCAGCCCUGUGUCCUGAACGCGGUGAAGCUGCUCGCUGCAACAGCGCAAAUGUGCGCUGUACGAGUGCGGCAGCUGGAGGAUGUGCUGCAGCACCUUCAGCAGUACACGACGGUGCUCGUGCGAGAUCGUGAGGUCAAGGAGGAGCGCUAUCGCCUGGAUGCCGCCGCGCACCGCGAGGAAGCAAACGAGUUGUGGAAACGCCUGCUCCGUCUCGAGGCCCAGCAACAGGCACCGUCGCUGCAGAUCGAUCAACGAGUGUCGGAGGCGGUCAAAGCAAGUUGCGAGGCAGUUGUGGAAGCUCGAGUAGCACCGCUUCAGCAGGAGCUGCAGGGCCUCCGGCACCGGCUGAAGACGUUGGCGCUCUCACGUCCACACUCUUCCCACGACAACCGUCACGUGCGCUCGAGCAGCGUCUCCUCCAACUCUUCCACAUUGACGGUGAGGGACAACUAUUACGCUGGGGGCGAUGACGUGGCCGCCUCACAGCACCGCCACCACUCGGCCGCCUCGUCCUCUAGCACCUUCUCUUCCUCAUCGCUCACAUCUUCGACAGCAUCUUCGCUUGGCCGGCACGAGCAGUGCCCUCGAAGAGGUAGAGUCGCCACGACAAGUGCACCUGCGUCAGCGACUGCUGACGCUUCUCCCAGCAUGCAGAAGAUGAUGCGCGAGGUGCAGCGGGUGCGGCGACAGUGGCAGCAGUUUCUGCAGUCUGUGCCGUCCGCAUUGGUCCAGGGAAAGGGUCCGUGCGAAGGCCGCCUUCGCUGCCGCGACACCAGGGGCUCCUCCAGUCGUCGGCGGUCGCGCCUGACAUCAAAAAGCAGCCGCCUCGACUUGGCGGGUGGGCUCAGUGACGUGACGAGGGCGAACGGGGAGGUCAUGGAGAGCAUUCGAGGCGUUCUACCGCAGCCGUUUCAUGUCCUGGCACAUCCUUCACCCUUUUCUUCACCGACGGAUGCUGUGCUUCCCAAGUGUUCGUCUGGUCCGACGCGUGCGCGGAGUGGCGCGAGAGCCGCCGAGCCCUCCUCUGCGCUGCCAGCCUCCGGACGCCGGAUUCGGUGGUACUGGUUGGGGGAUGCACAUAGUCACUUCUCCACGGCCAUCCGCCGCGCAGAGAAGGACGUCGCCGCCGCGAAACUGCUCAGCGAGCGACCGCAGCCGGCGCUGAGCGGGGUGAGUCCGGCGCUUCCGUGGACGGAGUGUCACGCCUUUGACGGCCGUACGGACUGCUGGUACAGUCUGGGGACGUGGGCGAACCACCGGCGCCACCUACGAGAGGUGGAGCUGGCGGUAGAGGAGGGCACAAGCAGGAACAGCGGUGACGUUCGGCUGGGCUGGCUGAGAUGGACGUCGUCUCUCGCCAGCUGGCCCGACACGUCAACGAUGCUCGUGCAUAGGGCCGGCAUCUACAUGGUGCGUGUGUGUCUUGUGCGUCACUGCGCAUCGGCGAGCCUGUGCAGCGGGGCAGGCCGCGCAGAGUCUGUCGGCCGCGACUGCGACAGCGGUGGUGCGCUAACGCUCUGUAUGAACGGUGCCGCGGUGGGCGGGUUGCGGGAGGUGGUCACGCACACGCUUCUUUACACUCACCCUGCCGCCUCUCCUACCGAGGCUGCCGCACCGUGGCAGGUCACGCGAGGCAGAUCGCGCAGUACCUGUGCUUCUGCAGGCAACUUUUGCGCUGCCUUUGACAGUGUUGCGCACUCGCCCGCAUCCGCAUCCCCUGCCAGGUCACCCUCGCGGCGCCGCUUCCACGGUGGCAUCGCCGACGCGACUCAGCGCCAGCGGCCCUGCUGCGAACCAGCACAGCUGCACACGAACACUCUCACCGCCUGUCUCUUCUUGCCGGCGGGUGCGGCGCUGCAGGUGCGCUGCCGCGGCCUGCACAACACGAGAACGAUUCACGAAGCCUUCUGUGAGCUCGAGUACGUCGUGUGA